AUGAGAGACAAUGGUUGGGAUACUUUGUUGAGUAAGGUGAUUGAGUUUUGUGUUAAUAAACAUAUUUCAAUGCCCAAUAUGAAGGAUAUUGUAGUAUUGAAAGGUCGACCUAUGCGUUCAACUCAGCAAGUGACUUAUUAUCAUUGCUUUUAUGUUGAUUUGGAUUGUUAUGUAAUAGAUUCAAUCUUACAAGAGUUGAAUGAUCCUUUUUUUCUAGAAACAACUACCGAGCUUUUUACUUGCAUUUCGUGUUUAAGUCCAAGAGAUUCAUUUGCAGCUUUUGAUGUAUGUAAAUUGCAACGUCUUGCUCAGUUCUAUCCUUCGAAUUUUAAUAGUGAAGAGCUUUUAUUACUUAGACCUCAACUUAACAAGUUUCUUAUGCUUAUGAGAAUAGACGAAGCUUUCUUCAACCUCAAAAGCUUAUCUUGUAUAGCUUAG